AUGUCGAAACCCAUGCAUAUGAGGGUCUUCCCUGCCGAUGGCGAUGAUGAUGGAGGAGUUCGCCUGCCACGUCCCGUUGUUCCUCGUAUGAGCGGCUCUCAUGCUGACAGCACUCCUCAAGAGGCUGCAAAGCCUUGCCACACGGGUGCUGUCAGUACUGUCGCCGCCACCUCCAUGAGCCGCCAAGAUCUUGCCCUCGCUGCCUUGCCCGAUUCAAACAACCCCAGCAACAACACUGUCAGACAAGCCAUCACCGAGCACCGCUUCCAUGCCCGUGAUGGCACCAGACUCAACACCGGCUGGACUAUCCAGGACAGCAACCUCGAGUGCAAGCACACCGCUCCUUGGNNAAGGGACUUCNNCCGUGGCCAGAGGGUCUCACCACCCACACUGGUCUCUUACAAGCACAUCUUCGGGGAGGAAGGGGUCCUCCUAUGUGAGGACGGCAGGUCUGGAGCUAGUUGCCGUGUCUGGUGGUCUUGGGCCCUCCACUGCCGCAAGUGUGACACAUACGUCUGCAACAAAUGCCACCAGGAACACCAACGCCCAGAGGUCAAUGCAAAGCAUAGAUUGGGAGGUGCCAGGCAGAGAAGAGACGCAAAGCGUGCUCACAAGCGUGAGACUCACGCCAUGAUCCAGAAGUUCUCUUCGCAGAAGUUGUCGUAG